UUUCCCAGGCCUUCUGGGUAAUGUAGUUUCCUGGAUCGGCGCCCGGCCAGUGCCAGCUUUGCAGAACCCACCUGGUGCAGACCCCUGCGGCCGGGGCGAGGACGCGCCUGAGCAGCCGGCCGGCGGGUGCCGCCACCUGCGGGGCCCAGCGGCCUGGAGGACAUCUGCAAUGCUCCAGAAGCCCAAGACCGUGAAGCUGCGGGCCCUGCGCAGCCCGAGGAAGUUCGGCGUGGCGGGCAGGAGCUGCCGGGAAGUGCUGCAGAAGGGCUGCCUCCGCUUCCAGUACAGACUGGGUUUCAUGACGGCUGUGCGCUGGGGGUGGUGAUGCCAGCUCCUGGAAGCAGGGAGGCGGCGCUGACAGAGACAGGCUGUAUUUGAAGUGCCCUCAGGAGCUCAUUUUAAAAAGCUACCUGAGCGCGGCUCCUGGCUGUGCCUGUACGAGGAUGGCACGGAGCUGACCGAGGACUACUUCCCCAGCAUCCCCGAUGACACCGAGCUGGUGCUGCUUACCUCGGGCCAGGCCUGGCAGGGCUGUGAGUGGCAAGGACCUUGGAGAUGUGAGUGACAUCAGGCGCUUCCUCAGUGCGUUUCACGAGCCACACGCGGGCCUCAUCCAGGCCGCCCAGCAGCUGCUGUGUGAUGAGCGGGCCCCGCAGAGGCAGAGGCUACUGGCUGACCUCCUACACAACGCCACCCAGAACAUUGCGGCCGAGACCCGGGUUGAGGACCCGCCGUGGUUUGAAGGCUUGGAGUCUCGAUUUCAGAGUAAGUCUGGCUAUCUGAGAUACAGCUGUGAGAGCCGGAUCCGGAGUUACCUGAGGGAGGUGAGCUCCUACCCCUCCAUGGUGGGUGCAGAGGCUCAGGAGGAAUUCCUGCGGGUCAUCAACUCCAUGUGCCAGAAGCUCCGGUCUGUGCAGUACAACGGUAGCUACUUCGACAGAGGAGCCAAGGGUGGCCACCGUCUCUGUACGCCGGAAGGCUGGUUCUCCUGCCAGGGUCCCUUUGACAUGGACAGCUGCUUGUCGAGACACUCCAUCAACCCCUACAGCAACAGGGAGAGCAGGAUCCUCUUCGGUACCUGGAACCUGGAUCACAUCAUAGAAAAAAAACGCGCCAUCAUUCCUACACUGGUGGAAGCAAUUAAGGACCAAGACGGAAGAGAAGUGGACUGGGAGUAUUUUUAUGGCCUGCUUUUUACCUCAGAGAACCUAAAAUUAGUGCACAUUGUCUGCCAUAAGAAAACCACCCACAAGCUCAGCUGUGACCCAAACAGAAUCUACAAAUGCCAGACAAGGCUGAAGCGGAAGCGGCCCGUGCGAAAGCGCCAGUGACGUGCACACCGUGCUCUUGUGUUCGUUGAGGCCUGACGUGGGCAUAAUUUUAACAGGUGCCUUUUUUUUUUUUGUCACUCCAAUAGCUCUUGGAAAAAUCCUUAAAAAACAUUUCCUGUAUAUCUGAUUUUAGUACCUUUCUGAAUAUUUUUUUUUUUUUUGGAGAUGGGAGUUUCACUUUUGUUGAUCAGGCUGGAGUGUAGUGGUGUGAACGUGGCUCACUGCAACCUCUGCCUCUCAGGUUCAAGUGAUUUUCCUGCCUCAACCUCCCAAGUAGCCAGGAUUACAGGCAUGCGCUACCAUGCCUGGCUAAUUUUUGUAUUCUUAGUAGAAACUGGGUUUCACCAUGUUGGUCAGGCUGGUCUCGAACUCCUGACCUCAGGUGGUCCACCCACCUCAGCUUCCCAAAGUGCUGGGAUUACUGGCAUGAACCACUGCGCCUGGCCUGAAUCAUUUUUUAUACCUUCUGACAGCCCAACUUCUAGUGGACAGCUUUGGGGUCCUCACUGGAUGUCUGUGAGUUCCUGGUUGUACCGGUCAGCAGGGAUGAGAACGGUCUCUGCGCUGAGGAAUUCUUCAGUUCUCCGGUUUUCCAGUAUUUGGUCUGCCUCUGUCGUGUGGUCACCAUACUAAAACUGUCCUGGCUGAAGGUGGCCACUCUUGCCUGGAGGGACUAGUUGAUUACGCAUCAGCUCUCUGCCGAGUCUCCAUUUCGAUGGCCAAUGGGCAGCUCCGUCCUUCUUGACUCUUCCAAAUGCCCAAAAGAGAGCAUCUGAGGGUAAGAUGUUUGGGGGUAAGCAUUCGGGGGUAAUGUUCUUCAUAAAGAAUAUACAAGGAUGUUCACCGCUGAAUUUUUUUUUUUGGUCUUUUUGAGACGGGGUCUCACUGUCGCCCAGGCUGGAGUGCAGUGGCAUGGUCUUGGCUCACUGCAACCUCUGCUUCCUGGGGUCAAGCGAUUCUCCUGCCUCAGCUUCCUAAGUAGCUGGGAUAACAGGUGCCCACCACCACAGCUGGCUAAUUUUUGUAUUUUUAGUAGAGGUAGGAUUUUGCCAUGUUGGCCAGGCUGGUCUUGAACUCCUGGACGUCUGUGAGUUCAGGUCAUCUGCCCACUUUGGCCUCCCAAAGUGCUGGGAUUAUAGGUGUGAGCCAUCACGUCCAGCAUGCUGAAUUGUGGCAAAAAGUAGGAAACUUCCCAAUGUCUAUGAAUGGGGCAUUCACUAUUCUGUUGAACCACAUGAAACUGCCAUUUUUCUAGGCCCAAGAUGGUCAGCUAUCAUUAAUUUCAUGACUUACCCUGCUACACUUCCAUAGUGCAAACCUAUGUCGCAGUUUCAAGCUUUGAUGAGGAAAGUGUUUCUGUAUAGAAACUGGAAGCUCUUCAGUGCACCAGCAGCUGAACUCUGCUCUGUUUAUCAGUUACCAUCAUCUCAGAUGACAUGGAGCUCAUGUCAGCAGUGCGGGCGGCGGGUGGUGGGCAGCCGGCGGCAGGCAGUGCGCGGUGGGCAACGGGCGGCACACAGUCUGGAAGGAAACACACCGACCUCAACAGCAGUAAUCCUGGGGGCCACGGGGGUGGGCCCAGAUGACAGAGGGCUCAUUUUUUAAAUCAUGUAUUUUAUGAUACUUGAAUUUUUUGAAAUGGGCAUUUAUUUUAUAACAUGUUAAAAUGUACUUUUUAGAAAAAGUCAUUUUGUAAUAUUUGAAUUUUUACAUCUGUUGUAUAAUCAGGAAAAGCAAUAAAGAUUUUUCAAAAAUA